AUGGGCGUUGACGUCAUUGGAGAAAUUAAUUAUCUUACUUCUACAACAGAUGGAGGUACUCCUUGGCUAAUACAGCAAUCAGUACCAACGGGAAAGAGAUCAAAUUUCGUACAAUCACCUAUUCCUAUAACUAUUCAUGACUUACGUGGCAAAGAGACAAGUGUUAAUCUCGAUACGAAUGCCAUCGAAGUGGCUAAAUACAAUGGUUCCAUACAGGAAGAAUUUGAAGAUGGUAGCGAAGAACAAAAAGUUUAUUAUGACGAGAUUAGUGAUUUUCUCAAGAAGCGACUCGGUGCCUCUCGUGUAUAUGUUUAUCAUUAUGCUUUUCGUUCUCGAGGAACACCAUUACCUGAUGAACAGUCCAAUGACCAUCAUAGAAAUCCUGUAUUUUAUCCUCACGUCGAUGUCGAUACGGUUGGACUUCAAAAGAUAGUCGAACGCAAACUUGGUAGUGAAGAUGGUGAAAAGACAAAGAAAAAUAGAUUUCAGAUGAUCAACAUCUGGCGUUUAAUAGGUUCAAAUCCAAAAACGAAUAAACCACUAACAAUUUGUGAUUAUCGUUCGCUUGAUAUCGACAAAGAUGUUCGUCCUCUUUUAAUUUGUGGAGUCGGUGAUGAUAUUACAGCUUACACAUUAUCGCCCAAUGCUCAAGAUGCUCACAUGUGGUAUUAUUUGAGUGAUAUGCAAUCCGAUGAAAUGUUCUUAUUUAAGAUAGUCGAUACUAAGCCUGAUGUUGCUCAAUUUGCUUUUCAUACGGCUUUUAACAAUAACCAUGUGUCUUCACCAAAUGCUGAACAAAAAAGUGUUGAACUUCGUUGUUGGGUGUUUUAUGAUGAUUAA